AUGCUGGGUGUGUUGGUAGGGGGUUAACUCUUUCCACCUGUGUUUAUCUUUAUCAGUGGCUUCCAGCUGAUGGAACAGCCUCCCUGGUGGUGGGUGUGUCUCUCCCUCAUUACUGUAUUAACUUUCAGGAGGGGUUUUAAAGCAUUCUUACUCAGCCAGGCAUUGGGUGGCUGAAAGACACUAUUCUUGGUAACCUUAAAAAUUAUUAGCUGUCAGAUAAUGUGGUUGCUUUGCAUUUAUUUAGGUACUCUUAAAUAUGUUUAGGUGUUUUAAAUGGUUUUCAUUUCAUUUUUAAAAGUAUUAUUUUAUCACUUUUGUCUUUGCUGCCCUGUGCUCCUUUGAGAGAAGGGGAAGACAGAAAUUUAGAUAGACAAAAAUGUCUGUAUUUGCCCCAGAAAGGAAGCUCCGCUCUGCUUCUUGAACUAGAGUGUGCUUUGACUACAGUAUUUAGGAGGGCUUUUGGCCCCUUUUCUGCCGCCUCCUCCUCCUCCUGUCAUUGUAUGCCCUCUAGUGGCACAGAAAUUUUAAAGAAACUCGCAGGUUGGCAUCCCAUUCUGGACACUGACACAAACACACGCACACCGUCCCGUGUUUGGUCGUGUAGUGAAACACGGCGCUGGUGGUGUCCCUGUGACAACAGAUCAAAGUGUCUUCUUCGUUGCCCGCCAAUGAUCCUUCUGGACUGUCAAGAACAAGGCUCGGUUCCUUCCCUCAGAGUCGAUUGUGGACGGUCGAGGUUCUUUUAAUGAGUGUUUUAGUGACUCUGCGUGAGGGAGCAACUCCUUUUCCGUGUGUGAGGGAAAACACUCAGACGCACAGACACUAGCUAUCCCUGUGUAGGUCCCACAGAGUGAGACCACGGGCCCGUUUCUCAGGCGCCUCCGCCGUUCCGAGAAGACGGAGACGAGGGAGCGCGGCUUCCGCUCACGGAGCCGCCGUUGGCGCCCGCGUUCGAGAGCGCGACUUCUCCGGGUUCCUCGGUCCGCGGCUUGCGGGGAAGGAAGGGGGCGGAGUCACGGCAGCGAGGUCACAUGACCUUGCGUGGCGGCGCGGCAGCCAUCUUGUGUUGUCGGUGCUGAGGAUAGGCUUUGGAUCCGAGAGGCUCUCCGUCCGCGACCUCAGGUAAACCGACCCCCUGGCCGUCCUGCGCCCUCCCUUUCGGGCGCGACCCCCUCGCUGAGUUCCCGCUUUCCCCUCAGGUCCAAGCGGCUGCCCCUCUGUCGCGGCCCUUCCGCGCGAACACGCCCAGGCCUCUCGCCGAGCACCGGUCUCCCGUAUGUCUCGUGUCCGGAGAAGCGCAUGGCAGGCGAGGGGAAACGGGCUUGAGCGUGGCGUCGGGGUUCCUUAGCUGUGGCGUGGGCUGCUGGGUGGUUUGCCGUGCCUGGGCGGGUGGGAGGAAGUUCUGAGGGUUUAGGAGCUGCCUUGGCUCAGACCUGACACAAGACAGCUGUGGGCCUUUCCUUCUCCAUGCGGCAUAUUGGCAGGAACUGCUGGGUCCGGGUGGGCGGGUGAUACGGACUUACUCCUUGGCUGGCAGCUACAGAGGAACGUGCAGUUAUUCCCAGUCCCUGUGUGCUUCCCCCUGCGACAAUUUCCUCUUCAACUCGUUCUGUAGAAAGAGACUUUCCUACUCCAUGGCCAUGACUUGUCAACGCCAAGGGGGAAGGAAGGCUCCAGCAGCUGUUGCCUAAUGAGCCGGUUAGUUGAACAUUAUACCGGCACUCAUGACGAGGGCUUUACAAAUGGAGGGUUGUGUGUAUUUUGGGGGAAAGCUGUGGGGUGAUAGUGGUGUUUGAAGUGAAGCUGAUAAUAUCUGGUGACUCCUGAGAUUUAAGACAGUGAAGGUAUAUGCUGGCCACUAGAAAUGACACGUACUUCCACUAAAUACAGGGGGUUGUAGGAGAUGUAGAAACUCUGGUUAAACAUAUAUUGGUCAUUUCUCAAGUAACAAACUGUUCUGGACAGCAUGAUAGCAAUCUGUUAAUUUGAAUAUUCUCUUACUAUUCAUUCUCUCUGUGAAGUUGUAUUGAGAUUUGUGCAUAAAAAUAUGAGCUCUAGUGCUUCAGACUAAAGGCCUGUCAGAUUCGUCAUUCUUUUCUCACAGUGGCCAACCAGAUGCCCACAAGCAACCUGGAAGAUAGUUAUGAACAAAUGAUACAUAACUUCAAUUCAUAUAAUUGCUAGUUUACUUACAGUUGGAAAAUAACACAUGGUAUAGCAGAACAAUUUCUUAAAUGACCAGAAAUAUUUUACUACUAGCCCUUAGCAAAUGGGUUACUAGGGUAGGUCUUACGUUUGCAACCUUAUUUCCAGGGAUACUAGUUUGCAAAAUUACUUUUUGUAAUUGUCACUGAAGUUGGUUUUUUUCAGUGACUCUUAAGAGAUCUCCUCAGAAGAGAUCCAUUUCCACUACACUUCCCAUCAGUUUGAAUUUUUUAAAAAAACUGGAAUCACUGUAUCACUGUUAAUCUUGGGUUUUUUUUAUUAUCUGAUAAUAUGUUUCAAAGUUGCACAAAAACAGUGCUCUUACAGAUUUUCUUACUUCACGUUCAACUGUUGGACAUUCAAGGUGAUUGCCAUUAAAGAUGGAGCUGGCCAUCUCUGGAUAUUAUAAACCAAGCAAAUAAUAUAAAAGUAGACACAGGCAAGACAGAUUUGUUUUCUGAAGCUUAUUCAGGAUAGUGAGCCACUUUGUGGUUAUAACCUGAUCUGAAGAAAAUACUAGUCUAAUAAAUGGCCUUUGCAUUAUUUAUAGCAGUAUGAUUAAUAUAAUUGUGUUUGCUGAUGAGCUUACAGGAGCUGUUGCACAGAGACUAUGCAGGAGACUUUGGCUGUAGGGAGAAUGGUCAAGAGGCACAAUAAAAUUAGGACCAAGAACACCAAUCAGGUAGACAAACAAGUUUGUGGCCAGAUGCAAAGGAUGAGCAUCAACAUGUCUGUAUGGGAAGCAGAAGUGAGGCAAGCAUGGCGAUACAGUUGUACCUUGGUUUUCGAAUAGCUUAGUUCUCGAACGUUUUGGCUCCCAAACGCUGCAAACCCGGAAGUGACUGUUCCAGUUUCCAAACUAUUUUUGGAGCUUCCUGCAGCCAAUCAGAAGCUGUGCUUUAGUUUCCAAAAGUUUUGGAAGUCGAACAGACUUCCAGAACAGAUUCUGUUCUACUUCCAAGGUACGACUGUAUUAUGAGUUACCUGAAGAGAUGCGGACCCUGUGGCCCUUCAUAUGUUUUUGGACUACAUUGGCUAUCAGCCUCAGCCAGCAUAGCCAGUUAUCAAUGAUGAUGACAGUUCUAUUCCAUCACCAUCUGGAGGACCACAGGUUCCCACCUCUGAGCAAGCAGAUUCAAAGACCAGAAGGCUACUCUUACAAGGAGAGCUCUUACUCUUACAAGGAGAGCUCUUACUUUUACAAGAAAGAACAAUCACAUAUAUAAGAACAUACAAAAGGAGAGGUCUGCUAGCAACCUUUUCCUCUGAACCUAAAGCUAGUGAGAACAGGACACAGCAGAAACUACUUGUAUCCAAACUAUGUACUAAGUAGCAGUAAGGCAGCAAGGAGCAGUUUAGAAGCAUUUGGCUUUGUUUUAUACUAGAUGCAAUUUGCCAUUCUGUUCAAGUCAGGAGCUAUGAUUAGUUUUAGCCGGUGCUUUUUUUCUGGCAGAACUCAACAGUACACAGUACCGGCACCUCUCCCCCCCCCAACCUUGCAGUAAGGUAAAUGGAGGGUAGUGAGACCAAGCAAGCAACCAUGACUAAAAGGGGGUUGUGAAAAGCAGGAGGCUGAGGUGGUGGCAAGGAAAGGAGGCCCUUGUUUGGGGUUGUAUUUCUGCUCUCAGUCAACAGGUUGCACCAUUCCCCCUUGCACACUCUCCCCCUAGAUGCGGGACAAGCUGUAGGGGUGAGUGUGGAUGGUGUGGCUGGUGGCUGGGAGGAGAAGGAGAAAUGGGAGGGUGGGUGUGACGAGUGGACUGGGCAAGGUGUGGGGGGGAGGUUGAAGAAGGGUGUGCACAAAGUGGAGCUUUAAUUAACUGUGGGGUGACAGGAGAGUGUGUGUGAGAGAGAGAGAAAAGGGGGGGAUCAUGGUGAGUACCAGCACCCUUUUUUCUAAGAAAAAAAACACACUUAUUUAACUGUAGUUUAUCUUUAAAAAGCCUAGAUUAAUAACCACAUUUUGAAGUUAUCCUUGCCAGAGCAACUGUUACUUGACUGGUUGGCUCGCUGGGCAGUUUGUUUAAAUGUCCAGUUCUUCAAUGUUUAGGAACUCCAUGUGGAAGAUUAUAUUUCAUGGAUUUUGUCUUGUCAGGUUACUUUGAGAUAAUAUGAACUGAGAAUUAACAUUUACUUCUUUACUGAAUUUCAGGAGUGGCUUGCCCAGCAAGGUGGAUCUAUAGCAAUAGCCUGCAAGGGAGAUGGGAUGGGAUGGUGAGCUUGGGGCUAUGUGGGUGCACUGGUGGAACCAAUGUGGCAUUCCCCACUGUGUGUGCUCAUGCAGCCCUGACCACACCAACUCUCCUGGUAAGUGCUAUUGACUUCACAUCUGGGAUGCUGUUGUUGUAGUUUUACUUCACUUAGUGAACUUCUGGGUCAUUCCAUAUCAAGUGAGCCAAUUUUUUUACCUCAUGUCAUCCAAUUUUCUUAAUAUUUUGUACACUUGUUGAACGAUCAAAACUAAGAGUGAUCAAGCUAUCACACUGCAUUGGAACACAUUUUUAAAAGAAAAGCCUUACUAGCUUUUCAGAUAACUUUUAAUUGAAUAACUUCCUUUAAAAAUGCCCUAAGUAACUGAUAUUACAGUUUGAAGUCUAGUUUAUUCUGUUAUAUUUUACUCUCAAGAAGACCCAUUUAUCCUAAAUAGAACUGAAUAAGGCAGACAUGUAUGUACAAAAUAUUUUUUUAGAAUAUGAUCCCAUUGAGAUUCCAAGAUGAAAAUUUGCAGGUAGGUCUUAGAAAUAUUAAAUAAUAAAAAAAAAUUUAAUUUUUAAUUUUGUAACUUAUAUUUAUAAUAUAAAGUAAACCCAUCAUGUGACAUAUAUUAAAGCCCAUGAUGUUCUGAAGAGAUUGGUAUUAGUUUUGCCAUAUCUCAAUUCUGGGCUGAGCUUUUAAGGUUUUUGUAUAGUCUGGCAAGGCCAAAAUUGUCAAUUUUUUGAAAUUUCAAACCCUCAUAACUCACAAACAGGAUGAGAUAAAAAAAUGAAAGUUUGAAAUUUAAACUUAGUUUUGAUCAUUCAACAAGUGUACAAAAUAUUAAGAAAAUUGGGUGUCAUGAGGUAAAGAAGUUGGAUCACUUGCUAAAUUGAUUUUCCAUUUUUCAGUGAUCAGCAUAGUGUAUAGUGUUAAAAGCAUAAAAAUUAUUUUAAAAAGACCCAACAAAUAUAACCUACAACAACAAUAGUCAUAAUAAUAAUAAUAUCCACAGAAAGUUUAGCAUUGUCAUAGAUAAUUAAGAUCAGCAGCAGUUAAACUUCUGCCUCUUAAUGUCUGACAAAACAUGAGAUAUUUCUGGAAAAAAGGCAUGGAUGGGUAUUUGUAUAUACUUUAUCCAUAGGGAAUUCCAGGGCCUUGGGAUGAACACAGACAAGCACUUUUCUAUUGUGCUGCUAACUUAUUUCUUCUUGCAAUUAUAGGAUCCUUUCUGUGAACCCUGGGAUAUGUGUAAAAAGAGAUGUGCUCAAGGUUUAUAGACCCAUUCUGUAUGAGUUUUGCAAGCCAAUGACAGCUGCUUAAUUGGGUCCAGAAACAUGCUGGCAAACUUCAGUUGCUGCAAAACUGGUUCUUUCUCCCCACACCCAUCAGGCACUGGGCUGUGGUAUUAGUAGCUUCUGAAAAGUUUAAGAGAAGUCCAACCUAGAUGACAUAUUAUAGAUCACAUAUUGGCACUACUACAGGUGCCGCAUAAUACCCGUUCCAUAUUUGUAAGAACUCAAUCGUUUAGUGUGGCAGCACCUGCACUUUGGAACUCAGUGCCUAUUGAGAACAAGCAGUUGUCUUCACAGUAGUUUUUUCAGCGCCUUCUAAAAGCAUUCUUGUUUAGACAUGGUAUCCAGAUGCUUAGAAAGUUGAGGUAAUUUUAAUUUGGUUUAGUAGGUUUGUAUGUUUUGAAGUAUGGUUGAGAUUUUUCCCUCAGUUUUAUUGUUUUAACUUUUUGUAAGCCACUUUGAGGUUUUUAAAAAUCAAGCAGAGUAUAAAUUUUAUGAAAUAAAUAGUAAGAUUAGCAUUCAAGACUUGGGGCCACAAAAGCAUGCUUAACUGCUACCAAAGACUGAAUCUUCAGUUCGUAUGUAACUAACACUGGGCCUCACUGAUCACAGCUGCCAUUGUGUUUUUCCAGGAGUUCCUUUUAGACUGUUUAUCUGAUUGAUUGAGACCCCAUGUUCCCCGUUGUGAACUUCUCUAAAAGCUCAUCAUGCUUGCCCACCACUGCUCGAUUUAGCUUAAUUCUUCUAAAUCUCAUCUUCUUGAUCAUGGCAUCAAAUCAUUUAAUUGGAUAGAGAGAUAGGAUUCUUAGUUAACACUCUGCUGUAUAUGUUUCCAGUAUAGUGAGGAUAGUGCACUCUAAAACUCGCACUAAUCUUAUUUAGUGAUUUUGUAUAAGUGUUAAAUAACUAAAUACUGAACCUUUGUGUAACGCUGCAUUCUGGCAUCCAGUACACUGAGCAGGCAUUGCCUAAGGCUGUUCUGGAACUCCAUUUGCCUAAAUACGGGUUACAUACGCUUUAGGUUACAGACUCCACUAACCCAGAAAUAAUACCUCAGGUUAAGAACUUCGUUUCAGGUUGAGAACAGAAAUCACGCGGCAGCAGGAGGCCCCAUUAGCUAAAGUGCUGCUUCAGGUUAAGAACAGUUUCAGGUUAAGAAUGGACCUCCAGAAUGAAUUAAGUACGUAACCAGAGGUACCACUGUAAGAGCGUAAAUAUUUGAGAUCUUCCCCUUUGAUGGCUGAAAGUUAUUGCAACUAAGGUGAUAAAAUGUAGUGGUCUACAAUGUAAAUGUCUUGAGAGGAUUAGCAGGUUGAAAUUUCCCCUGUGACCCUCCAAGCAAAUAAAUUCCACCAUGCUUUCACUUUCCCUCAAUCUCUCUCCCCCAACCCCUGCCAAUCUGAGUAACAUAUAGCUUGAUGAAGAGUUCUGCAGAAUUGAAAGCUUACUCACUAUUUUGUGACAUUUUGGUUGGUCUUAAUAAAGGUAUUGCCCUACUAUGGAGUGGGAAGUUUUGUCUAAAGGCAGAUGAAAAUGGGUUGAUAAAGGAUGUUUCUCAUCCAGGAAACACUGUGGUUGCUAUUCUCCCACGUGCUUAUGUCAUUCUGUUAUGUAGUUCUACUUUGUUUGUUUAACAUGAAAGCUAGUACAGAAGCUUACUAUUGGUUUGGAAACUUUGAGAUACUUUCAUGCAUAAGGACCACUGUUUUGUGUUUGUGUGGAUUAUUACAAUUCUUUGAAGUCACUUAACAGUUAUGGGGAGUCUUGACUUGUUCUUCUGUCCGAGCCCAAAAUUGUGGUUUGCUUCUCCCUAAUGACCCGUGAUCUCUAGUGAACAUGAAGCCAUGGUUUGUUUGUUUUUGCUUGUAUCACUCCUUGCCCUAAAGAAAUUAUUUUCCUUUGGUUAGCACAUAAUGUUCUAGAUAAAUUUGUGCAUGUGUUUUGUGACUGCUUUUUAGGGGCUUAAAGGCUAUUCUUGUGCUUCUCAGAAAUAUUGUAGUAGUAGUGUUAAUAAUAAUAAUAAUUUAUUAUUUAUACCCUGCCCAUCUGGCUGGGUUUCCCCAGCCACUCUGGGCAACUCCCAGUCAAAUAUUAAAAACACAAUACAGCAUUAAACAUUUAAAACUUCCCUAAACAGGGCUGCCUUCUAAAAGUAGGAUAGUUGCUUAUUACCUUGACAUCUGAUGGGAGGGCAUUCCACAGGGCAGGCGCCACUACCGAGAAGGCCCUCUGCCUGGUUCCCUGUAACCUCACUUCUCGCAGUGAGGGAACCACCAGAAGGCCUUUGGUGCUGGAUCUCAGUGUCUGGGCUGAACGAUGAGGGUGGAAAUAUGCAGAAUAUGAUGUAAUGUGCUUUUCUGGCUUAUUAGUUUAAUUUUAGUAUUAUAAAAUCAAGGUGUGUGUCUCCCCUCCGCCCCCUGUAACUCUUUCGGACUGGGUAUUUAAGAAGGCAAAGAAGAUUUGGUCAAAUAUUGCCAGAUAAUGUUGUUAAAAAUUAAGUUUAGUCAUAGAUAGCUUACAAUAAUUGCAAAAACAAAUUUGUUAAGUUACCAUGGAACAAUAAAACAUUUACCAAAAAAUGGAGUCCAGUGGCUCCCUAGAACCUGUACAGAAUGGACAGAUCAUAUGCAGAUUGUUCCUGAAGCAUGCAAGAUAGAGUCCUAGAUGAUCCAAGGCAGUGGUGACCUUUGCAGCUGCUGUCUGCUUUCUGACCUGAUUUUGUUUAAAGGUGCCUAUAGUUUUCGCAGGUGACUUGUGAGAGAAACUUUGCUAUGUUUCUAGGCAGGAAGUAAGUAACAAACAACACCAUAAUGAAGUGAAACAAAAAAGUGCUGCUACUUACAUGGUGACAUUCAUGUUUGCAAGGAAUUUUGACAGUAUUUGUCCAGAAUCAAAUGGUAUAUGAUCAGUUGACAAUAUUUGACUGGUCAAUUAUCAUACGUACUUUUCAUAAUUUCAAGGAUAAUAGUAUGUUUGCUAUGAUCAUUCUUAUGGGGCAGGUGGGCAUAGUUGGGGAGAAAUGGCCCAGUGGGCCAAAUUAAGAUCUAUGGUAGGCCUAAUUUGGCCCACAGGCUGGAGUUGCCUCAUGUCUGUGGUAGGCUAUGGGUUUUUUUAGACCACGGCUUACUGUUAUGUGCAAACAGAAGCAGCAUGACAAAAAGAUGCAAAGCUUGGUUUUAAGAACGAAGAAAUUUUGUAAAUAAUACCCUAUUUAGUUGUAAAUGUACAUGUUUUAGUUAUCAUGUUUAUACCAAUGUUUAGGCAAUAUAUGAAGAAAUGUUGAUGGGAAAUGUAAUUUAAAUAGGCCUUUAAAAAUCAUGAUUUAAAUCGCUGUGUUUCAAUUAAUCCUUCUUGAUACAGAAGUCAUUUUAGUUGCUUGGUGUGAAUGUUUAUGUGCAACAGAAACUUAGAUUGUUUCGGUCAAAAACAACAACAAAAAAGCCCUUGGCCAAAGCUUUUUUGGCCAAAUGCGUUGGGCACAGUGUAUAAAUGAGGAACCAAUUCCUUUUUUCUUUUUCUUUUUGCUUCUGUAAGUUUGGUUUCUCUUUAAACACACUCCUUGGAUGCUUCCUGUUUUUGAUGUAUUUUUCUUCUUAGUGUGACUGUUUGCAAAGCCAGUAUUAUACAGCAGCCUCUUGCCUCUUUUUCUGUUCCAUGGUGCAUUUUUAAUUUUGAUUUGAUUUGAAUAUAUUUUUUCUAUAGCAGUGGUUCCUAGUGGAGUUAUCCCAGAGGGUCUGCGAACUGGCCCUGCACAAGAUGAGGAGGAACUGGUGAAGGCUUCAGCAGUGGCACAUCCUCUGCCGCAAAAUGAGCCUGACCAAGCACAAGUCAGCACUGUGCUUUGCCUGCCUGCCUGGUUGAGACACCCCCAGGGUGAGAUCAGGCUAGGGCCUGGGCUACUACUGUAAUAGAGCCUUUCUUGCUUGAUCCUGCAGUACUUUCUCACUGCCUGGAUAUUUCUCCUGAAAAAGAGGGAUUGAAGUAGCAACUGACUCCCAAUGGUAGGGGGGAUGAACAGGCUGCAGCUGCUGCAUUCCCCACUGUGAUAGAUCCAGCCUUGUUUGAGUCUUUGCUUUCCAGCUCACCUUCCUGCCUCCUUCUCUGCACCUCUUGAGAUCCAGGAGGCGUCCUGUGGUGGCAUCUGCCUCACCAGCCAUGGUGCUAAGCUAUGGUGCCCUGCCUUCUUACUGAGCUAGCAGCCUUCAGGUAGCUUUUGGCUUUGGUCUAUGCAGCAACCAGCCACUGAUUUCUCAGUCUGAUGAUCACGGUCUUACUUACCACAGAAGGGUAAAAGGCACUUCCAACACUUUUGGUGAGAUUUGGCUUCUUUUCUUUUCCAUUAUGAGAUGGAAGAUGCUCUUCCACCCUCAGCACAAGAAUCUCUGUGGAGAGGCUCCUUGAAUUGAUAAUACAUAAAUAAACCUAUUGCUUGUGAAUGGUUGUGGCCUUUUGUGUUUGGUGGAAGAGUAGCUUCCAUUUCUGAGCAAACAUAUUCUCUACUCAGGUAGGUAGCCGUGUUGGUCUGAUGCAGUCGAAAUAUAUAUAUAAAUUAAAAAAUUGUCCAGUAGCACCUUAGAGACCAACUAAGUUGGUUCUUGGUAUAAGCUUUCGUGUGCGUGCACACUUCUUCAGAUACACCUUAUAUAGGGUCUGGUGACUUCUGUUUCAGUGUAUCUGAAGAAGUGUGCAUGCACACGAAAGCUUAUACCAAGAACAAACUUAGUUGGUCUCUAGGGUGCUACUGGACAAUUUUUUUAUAUUUUUAUAUAUUCUCUACUGCUCUUUAACUUCCCUUGUUUUUUCUUCUUUUGAAUAUUGCAUGUUUUGUCUGAAGUGGAACAUCUUUCUAUAUUGUAAAUGUGUUGCAGGGUAUAAAACUCCUGAUAGUCAUUGAUUCGAGAAGAUAAUGAGAUCAUAAAAUAUUCAUGGAUGUUGCCACUUCUACUCGGGGAAUACAGUGGAACCUCUGGUUAUGUACCGUCCUCCUUACGAACACUUCGGGUAACGAUCUCCGCUAACCCAGAAGUAGUUGCUCCUGGUAGCGAACUUUGCCCCGGGAUGCGAGAGGAAGUUGCGUGGCAGCAGGAGGCCAAUUAGCGAAAGUGCGCCUCAAGUUAAGAACGGUUUCAGGUUAAGAACGGACCUUCGGAACCACCAGAGGUACCACUGUAAAGCUGUCAGUGAUAGAAUGUUUGCAGUCAAGCUUCUGUGAAAGAGUUUUCCAUUUGGCUUUGAUUAAAGCCUCACACAAGCCUGAAUGGCAAAAAGAAUUAUAAGACAGGCCCAGGUGAAGUUGGAUGAGAAGAGAUCCUAGGAGAUCAAGCUUAUGGUCUCUUAAGUUUUUGCAAGGUAGAGUGUCUAAAGAAAUGAGUAGAGUGGCUGAGAAAUGGGAACAUUAGGGAAGGACAGGUAGAAGAGACAGACUUGAGGAAAAGAGGAGAGAGUAAACAGGAUGUUUUAGGAAAGGUCUAAUAAUAGGGCAACAACUCUGGGAAAAGCUGACACCAAGCCUAAGGACAAAUAGGCUGCAUGCUCUUCCCAGAAAAGUGGCUGUGAUAGGUUUAUUGGGCAGGCAGGGUACUGCCCAAGAGUUAGGGUUGUUAAAGAAACUAGGACAGAAUGGUUAGUUGCCUGAAAAGCAGGGAGUAAAAGAAACAGGUGGAGGCAUGAAUUGAAAAGGAUGCGGGCAAAGAAAAAUGACUGGGGAAGGGAAGGGAAAAGUAUGAGAUAUCAAGUGAUUUGUAGUGACUAUUUUCAUAUGUGUAAGUACAGUAAUUGUUUGAAGUUGCCAUGAUUGGGUGGACAUGCUGUGUGAGGAAAAGAUUUACUGUUCGGAGAGUCACUAGCAGAAAUAAAAACAUACUUCUGCCCCCACAUUUCUUCUGAUUUCCCCCUCCUGCUGCAGCCCCUAUGUCACAUUUCAUGCCUUCCAGAACAUCUCUCAACCACUGGAAGCAAUUCCUCAAGAGAUUCAAGAGGCUGCUAUAGGAGAGGAUAGCUGGGAAUGCCCCACUGCAUCAGCAGACUUCCAGUCACACUCCUCUGGACCCUACUCCAAUAUGUGUUUCUUCACAUUGGGCAAGCUUUAAGUCAUUGCAUUGCAGGGGGUUGGACUAGAUGACCCUCGGGAUCCCUUCCAGCUUUACAAUUCUAUGAUUCUAUAAUUAAAGUUCAAAAUGUGGAAACAUUCUAAAAAAAUAUAUUUUAUUUUAUACCAAUUAACUACAAUUGUCUUUAGUUUACAAUGAUACACUAGUUAAAACUAUAAAAUCAAACUUCAGUUUAAAUGCCUGCUGGAAUAAAAUAGCCUUCAAUAGGCACUGGAGGUUCAGAAGGAAGCAGGUCUGUCUGACCUCAGCUGGAAAGGAGAUCCAUAAAAUUUGGUGCACAACACUAUAUGCACAACUGUAGCUGGUAAAAGGCACUCCUAGCCACCCAGGCUACCUGAGCUUCCAGUGGCAAACAUGGAUCUAGCGGCACACUCCCAAACUCCGAGCCUCUUCUUUCAGAGGAACGCAACCCCAUCCAGAACAGGCACCUGGCCAGUCUCAGUCAUGGAGCUAGCAACCCAAAGUGCCUUUGUCUUCCCAUGGUUCAAAUUCAGAUUAUUGGCCCUCAUCCAGUCCAUCACUGCACCCAGACAAUGCUCCAGAUCACGUGCAGCCUUCUCUGACACAUACAUUAUGGAGAAAUAGAGGUUUUUACUAGGCAGGAUGUGCAGGGGUCAGGAGAGCAAAACAGAUUAAUAAUCUUUGUACUUAAAACAGAAAAGUGGACUGUAUACUGUGUAAUAAAUUGUAGCGUUUAAUAGAGAAUUGUUGCUUCCUACAAAAACCAAAGCUCUCUGAAGAUGCUUAGUUGCUUGUUUUACAACAUAGCUUUUAUCUUUAAGCAAAAAUAAUCACACUGAUUCUGUCUAUCUUGUAAGUUACUGCCCACCCACUUAUUCUUAUGUUAGUCAUUUGUAGUAUGUAAAUGGCUUGAAGGAAAUAAGAACUCUAUUUCAGUCUCAUAGCUUUCGCUUUAUGGUUGCCUGGAGGUAUUUCUUGUUGCGAGCAACCUCAUGAGUGGCUUUUUGUUAGCCAUGUAUAAUGUCUAAAUAUAAUUAUUUAGUAAUAUUAUUUGUAAUAUUGAAGCCUCCACAAAUCCAUUUGCCAAGGCCAAGGGCCCUUCUUCAAUAUAAUAACAUCAUUCAUUCCGCCUUCCAUCUUCUGAAUCAUGGGAAGAUUUUCUUAUGUCAUGCUGCUGAGCUUUGAAACAAGAAGAAAUAUGAUGAGAGACUUGCUGCUUCUGCCUUCUCCAGAGCCCAGCAUGAUAUGUGACGCUCCCCUCCUCCAAGUACUCUGGCACACACGGGAGUGGGUGCAUAGGUGGUGAACACAAAUUAUAUCUGACUUGUAAGGCAAGCCAACAUUUGUGGACCCCUGGUAAUAAUAAAGGAUUUUACUGAAGUUGUUAAGAGUUAUUUUGAAAUAACAAUUUUAAUUGCUUAUUAGAAGUUGAAAGAUUGGCCUUUGGCCAGUGAGAGGUGUUCUGUGUAUGAAAAGUGGUUUCUGUACGUGGAUUACUCAAGCUGUGUUUCAGGAACUUGCUGUGGAUAUAGGGCUAUUGGGAGAAUCUAGCAACUCUGCUGCCCUAUAAGUGGAGGAGGAUUUCUCAUAUCUGAGUAGAGCAGACUCCCUUGGAAGGUGGUGGACUGUCCUCCUUUGAAGGUUUUUAAGCAGAGGUUGGAUGGCCUUUUGUCAUAGAUGCUUUUUCUGAGAUUGCUGCAUUGCAGGGGGUUGGACUAGAUGACCCUUGGUAUCACUUCCAACACUGAUUCUAUGAGGGCACAGCCCCUCUUUCCCCUCUGAAUGGGGAGAAACAACUCCAGGCACCCCCUGCUCCCUAUCCCACCUGAUCAGCAGGGAAAAUAUCAGCUCUAAAUGUUGAUGCAGUUGGGAACGUCUGGACUGGAACAACUAAGUUUAGCUUAUCAUAUGUUGAUAUAAGAGUACUGAUUCAUGUUCUUGCAUUUCUUUUUCAGGUUAAAACUUUUUUUAAAAAAUGGCAGCAGAAACCCAGACGCUUAACUUUGGGCCUGAGUGGUGAGUUACCUAUAAUACUUGUGUGAACUUUUCACUAAUGAGUUUAACAAAAGUUGGCUUGUAGAUGCAUUGCUUCAAAUGGUGAAUGAGAAAGCAUAUUUGAGUUGUUGAACUAGCUUUUUUAAAUUACAGCUGGUUAAUUAUAUGCCUGGCUUGAAUUAAGAAGCAGGAGCCUGUUGUCACAAUGUUGAAGAAAUCCCCUUUUGUGAGGACAUUUCAGUUAGAAUAAAUCAGAAUGAUACUAAGGGAGAGAAAUAUUUAAAAGGAGCACUGAGGGCUAUAGAUGUUAGUUACUUACUUUCCCACCAGGAGAUACCACGGACAGAAAAUACUUAUAAUAUUUUUGCUGCUUAUUGUCACUCUUCCUUGCAACCAUAUACAGUUUCGGGGUCACAGUGAUAUGCAGGGUAUAUGCGUUAUUGGAGUGAGCUUCCCACUGUGUUGUACAUUCUAUGUUGAAAGUGUGGCUAAACAUGUCCUUACUCAAGUAAGACGUUGUUACAAAGAAAUUGCCCAUGGCUUUGACUGCACAGUGGUUAGUUAGCAUCUUCAGACUUGUUCUCAUCAUCCAGUAUGGAUGUUCAGGAAAGAAUGGAUAAGGAUCACCUUUGCUUAUUCAAGUAAAGUUUGCCAUUCCUUACAGUAAAAAUACUGUUGGUAUUAAAAUUACCUGUGGAUAAAAUACCUUCAUGCAGGAAAAGUGUACAUAGUUAAUAUGCUAUAUUUUUAAUGGCAUUUUUUGUGCAAAUGUGCAUACUUAACAGUACAUUAUUCAAAAGAUUAAUACUUCACAGCUCAACAGGAUAUUUUCAUUCAUUCUCAUCCUUCUGCUACUAAUAAGCAUAUUAGCCUGGUGCAGACAUAAUGCCUGCUUCUUGAAAACCAUGAUUUGAAAAGCAGGAAGUAAUCUUGGGAAUGCAUGUUCCUUGCUCCCUCCUCUGAAACAAUUUCCAACCUCCUUUCCUAGUCUUAAAUGUUUUUCAAUGAAAAUCAGAUGAGGGCAGCAUAGGGGGCUGCAGAGAGAAGCGGCUAUUGGCAGAAAUCACCUGUUUCCCCUCCCACCAGUGGGAGAGUCUGCUGAGCAGAAGUCUUUGUCAGAAAGAAGGUACAAAGCAAAAACUGCUGCUGUGAAUUCACCAUUAUAACACUACUCUUGCUUUUACUUGGAAGUAAGAAAGUCACCAAGUGCUUGGAGGCCUCUAUGCAUUUUAUGCCUUUCUAUUUUUAUUUAGAACAGCUGAGAAGGUAGCAAUGUGAAGUGGAAGACUAAUGAGGGGGUUUCUUAACCAUUUUGCUUUGUUUCAUUUUCUACUUUGGAAAAAAAACUUCUUACACCCUCGUAAAAGUAAUCUAAGGGACAAUUCUUGGUGGGAAAAUGGAACAAGUAGAAAGAGUUAAAAGUCUCUUGUUCCAUUUCCCCUCUGCUUCAGACUGCAACCUCAGUUGGUUUUAUUUUAUAAGCAACAGGCCCUAGAAGAACUACGUGUAAUGUGUAGUUUCGGCAUUAGAUUCCCAUAAAUGCAUUCCAGUUAUGAAGCAAAUCAAUAUAAAACAAUAUAUAAGCUUUUAAUGGGCAUAUAUCAAAUGCACGGCAUUGUUCAAUAAAUUAUAUUAUGAAAAUCCUCUUCCUUUUUCCUAUCUGCCUAAUAGAUAAUUUUUAACGUGUGUUCUUGUUUUUAACUGCGCAUUAAAAACCAUUUGGUAGCAAAAUGGAGAAUAGCAAUUACCGGUAGUUUAAUUAAAAAUCUUUAGUAAUUUUUUGGCACAUUAGUUUUGAGCAGGAUUGGGGUCUACCUGAGGGCCACAUUACUUUGUGGGCAGCUUUCAGCUAGAAACUAUAAAGAUGAGUCUGGCCUUUGUCCGGUAGGCUAAGUUCCAGCCACACAAAAACCAGAGGUUCCUACAUGCACAUCUCCCCAUCCUCCAUUUAGGUAAGCAAGCAAGAAGAGUCAUCACAGUUUAAGGCAGUUGAGAGUGUGGAGCAGGACAAGUAAAGGGUGAAGGCGUGUGUGUCCUGGGAAGACAUGGUGGCCUGGAGGGCUAUAGCUGGCUCCUGGACCUGAGGUUCCUUACCUCUGCUUUAGAGUUUCAGAAAGUAUUGUUUUGAUACCUUUCAUAUCCAUUAUAUAGUACUUAUUUUUUCAGAUUCUUGGUUCAUAUAAAAGUGGAAGGUUAUUCACAAGUGAUGUUUAUUUAAAUGUCAUGAAAAGUGCUACCACAUGGUGGCAGCAAACCAAUGAGAGUUAAUCCCAAAUUGCUAGUUGGAGUGCCUUGAAUCCUCCUAAAUUAUAAAUAGCAGCAGCGAUCUGAAAAGUUGUAUGAGAUAAGCUUUGAUUUUAACAUUAUAUAGUUUUUGUAAUAUUUCAGAGUAACUUUUUGAUUGCUGGCUCUCCACUAGUUAGCAGUAGCUUUUAUUGAAUACUUGUAAAGAGAUUCAGAUCUGUGCAGAUGUUGGACUUCAGUUUAGCUGCCUUUUAAUUCAACAGUAUUAUUUUAGAUAGGUUUACAUUUACCUACAAUUUACACUUUAUACAACAUACACAGAAACAAAUCACAAUCCUUAGUCACUGGUUACUGUUACAGACAGCAGCUAUGAUGCCAUUGGUCUGAAAACCUCUGUCCUUGGAGAUCUCUGACACAUAAUUCUGGAGUUGUCAAAAUAUAAAGCACAUAAUGUAAAUAAAGCUGCAUUUAUGCUUGCUUCCAUUUUUUUUGCAUAAAAAUGGCUCAUUUGUCAUCUUGUCUGAUGAAACUGCAGUUAUCUUAACAGUUUGUUUAAAAUAGACCAACGUCUAACCAUUGGUUAUGAAUCCAGCUUGUUUAAAUAAGCCAUAGUUAACAUUAAUCACAGUUUAGGAUUCAAAAUGCAAAGCAAUUUGGCUUCAAAACCAAACUCUUCCUCCUGCCAAAGGCCAGUUCACAUCACACUUCACGGGUUUAGCAUAACAUCAAAAUGUGGCUGUUGUGUUGUGUUGUGUUGUGUGCUGAUAAUAGUUGCCCAAUUGAGACAUUAUGGGAAACUGGUUAGAGCAGCUGUAAAAUGCUGGUGGGAAUCCAUUCACGAGGAGGGAGUGUAAAAACCUGUGACCCAUUCCUAGUUCUGGGGGGUUGUCUGAAUAAGGUAUUAGUUUUAUUUGUGUUUGAUUAAACUGUGGUAACUAAAAUAAAGUUCAGACCUUAGAAAAUGCAUGUUGUGACUCAGAAUCAAACUGAACCUGAAGUGAAAACCACGCUGAAACUUUAAAAAAAGAAAAGAUGGAACUGUUAUUUGAAAGCCUGCUGUGGAUCCAGAACAGAUCACUUUCCUGCAUCCCCAAUAAUUCUGGUUUCCAAUUCAGAAUAAGUUUGGUGGCACAUGUGCAGAAUCAGAAUAAGGGAUACAUAAUACAUGGAAUGAUUUUUAUACACGUUGGGUUUGUUCAGGCUUCUAUACCCUGCCUUCUUCAAGAGCUAAGAAGCAGCAGGCAGGAUGGAGGCCUGCUGCUUUAAUGCUGCAAUCCACUGUAGAGCAGGCUGUGAGGGUAAACAGCCUGGUAAAGGAAGGGAAGAGGAUAGCAUUUCUAUGCACUGUGGAAUGCUUCCUGCAUGGUCAGCUAGUAUCUGUAACUUUUACAAGAUGUUGUUGAAAGCUUUUCACACUAACCUUUCACCCUAAGGGUCAGUAUACAUAGUUCUUUAUUAAACAGUGAGUUCUCUGACAGGCUCAUAUGUGGUAGAUAGGCCUUCAGGGUCCCAUCUAGUUCAGAGUACAGUAGCCUCCCUGAGUGUAGGGCAGGUCUCUGAAGUAAGUAGCUUCAAGAGACUAGGUAGAGGGGAAUUUGAGAAGAUGAAAAUAGAUGGUGAAUGAGAAAGAGAAUGGGGAAAUAAAUUUAAAUCUUCAAAUUUGUCAUCAUAGUACAUCCUUCAGCACUUAGUAGCAUACUGCUUUCUGUGACUAGGCCCUGAAAAAAAGCAAAUUAGACAUGGGCAAGGAGUUUUUGCCAGCCAAGUUGAACUUUCUCCUUUGAGCAGCUGACAUUCUCAUGCUGUAUCACAAAGCUUUUUUAAACGUCCAUUUACUUCCAGAAGCUAUUUGCCACGCAGCAUGGCUGUAGGAAUGCUGUUAGUGGGAAAGCAAGUAUAAAACCCUUCUGGGCAGAUAGAGUUCUUUAAUCUGGGCCAUUGUAUUUCUUAUACUUAUGUUGCAACAACGCCUUCAAACUGUAGGCUUUUCUUUUCAGUAUCUUUAGUCAUAGACUAUUAACAGAAUAUGCAUUACAGAGCCAGGGCCAGGUUUGUUCCUGGGAAUCAAGGACCAAGACCGACCAUGGGACCAAGAGUAGUGGCAGUUCAUCUGGCUCUGAGAGAUGGAGUGGUGAGGACCAGUGGCAAUGCCACUAGCGAGAGAAGCCAUAGCAGAGACCUGUGGUGAGAUGGUGGUAGUGCCUUUUAGCACUGCCCAUCUCAGGUGGAAUACUGUGAUCAGAACCACUGCCAUCUUACUUUGUCCAGAAUUCCAUUGAGUCCUGAUGAAGCAUUGCAGAGUGAUGAUUGAGGGGAAGGACCCAGAUGCAUUCAGGGUAGCUGGUAGCACCUUUAGUCAUUCAGUUUGGUGCUCCUUUGUGCCAGGCAUUAGAAAAAAUGAAAAAUAAAGCAGGUCCAUGUGGGUCACAUGGGAUUCAGCACUUGUCUGACAGCGCUGAAUGGUGGUAUCAGGUCUUCAAUAUCAGUAUGUUGAUAACCACCUUUGCACAUGUGUCGCCUGUAAUUGUAAUGUGAAUGACAUGGUGACCUAUUUAGAUGUAUUGGCCUAAGCAACAGCCAAUUCAGAACAUCAGUUAUAAUGGAACAAAAAAAUAAAUAAAAAAAAAAUCCCAACUGUUGGCUCCAUAUGAACUUCACAUUAAAACUAUGUGAAGUGCAUUUAAGAGUCUUUUGUGAAUAAUUUUCAACUAAAGCUAUAUAAAAAUAGCUUUCUUUAGCUACUUCUGCAGGAUAGAAAGGGAUUUCUGUUUGACAUCACUGUAGUCUGAAGGUUUGUUGUCCUGACAGCAGAGUACAUACCGUAUUUUUUGCACCAUAACACUCACUUUUUUCCUCCUAGAAAGUAAGGAGAAAUGUCUGUGCGUGUUAUGGAGCGAAUGCCUACGGAUGGCGGGGGGAUCUGCUGCAGUCGUGAGCAGAGGAUCCAUGGUUCCCCUUCCUUCCCUCCUCCAUGGCUCACUUUGAAACAGCAAAGUGGGAGAAGAGCCGCUGAGUGGGGGGGGGGGGGAGAGGAGAGGGACAGAGAGCCUGCUUGCUUUAAAGGAGCAAAGCGGGAGAGGAGAGGAGCCUUCUCCUCUUAUACCCCUCUUCUGCAUUAUUAACAGCAUCCUUCUCCACCCACCCCACGCGUGUUCCUUGUCCCUUGAGUGCUUUUCCUUCCCUCCCCACUUAAAACGUGGUUACAAAGCACGGAUCCACAUGGAUCCUCAGGAUUUUUGCAUUGGGCUACCCCAAACUCACCGUCAGAUCACAUGUCUGUGGCCACAGCAUGAACCACAAAAAUCAUACAUCCACUGUUUCGUUUAGAAUAUUUUUUUUCUUGUUUUCCUCCUCUAAAAACUAUGUGCGUGUUAUGGUCGGGUGCGUGUUAUAGAGCGAAAAAUACGGUAAUUGGUUGUCUUAAUUUCUCCUUCCCUAUUUGUUCCCCUAUAGGCUGCGAGCUCUGUCUAGUGGUGGGAGUGUGA